UUAAAAACUAUAUUUUAACUAAUAAUUAAAGAAUUUAAUAAUCGUAUGACUAAAGAAUUAAAUAAAUUUGACAAAGUUACUAACUAUACAAUAUUUAUAGUUUUAAUUAUAACAAUUUUUGUAAUAACGUAAAUUUAAACUGAAUUAAUAAUAGUUAUAAACAUUAAAAAUAUAGAGUAUUGGGAGACGAAGAUAAGAAGCCGUUUGUGGAGGAGGCAGAGAAACUGCGAGUCAUCCAUAAGCGCCAACACCCAGACUACAAAUAUCAACCGCGACGGCGAAAGAGUAAUAAGAGUAACAGCAGUUGCGAAGGCGAGACAUCGAAAGGCAAAACAAAAGUUAUUAAACAAACGACCGCCUCUUCCGCCCCAAAGUUUGCAGAAAUACAUAACAUAUG